AUUCGCUCGAAGGAAGACCUUAUAGUAUAAUUGGGCCAUGAAAUAAAUAAAUAAGCAAAUAAAAUAUAUAAAUAAUAACUUACCUCUAUGCUGGACGGUCAUCGAAUCUCAGGAAAAUCCCGAUGUGCAAGAAGAUAAAGAAAGAUAAAAUUUACAAAUUUACUACUAGCAAAUAUAUUACAAAAUAGUACCUGUAACCUUCACAACAUAUUUGGCCUUAAGUAUUUUUGGAAUUUUUAUUUUUGGAGAGUGUGACACAGACAGUAUUUUCUAAGAACUGUGUGAUUUACCCACAAACAACAGUGCCAAACAAUAGGAACCCUCCAUAAAGCAGAACUAUGGUGGCCACUUCAGUUAUUGCAGAAUUAUGUAUUUAUAUAUUAACGUGGAAUGUCGGUACCAACUACCCGGAGGAUGUCAAUUUAACCGAUAUGCUGGCGCUUAACGGAACUUCUAUGUGUCCGGGAGAAGAUAAACGACCUGAUCUCUAUGUUCUGGGCUUCCAGGAGGUCAAUGUCAAACCCAAAAAUCAGUUUCUCAACAUAUUUCAAGAUAAUCAAUGGACUUUGAAGGUACGCGAAUUUCUAUCGGACCAGGAUUACGUAAAAGUAGAAACUGCCCAGUUGCAAGGCAUAUUGAUAAAUGUUUGGUCACUGGGAAAGCACAUUAGCAAUAUAAAUAACAUAGAAACGGAGACCACCAAAGUAGGAUUGGGCGGCCUAUGGGGUAAUAAGGGUGCUGCUAGUGUACGUAUGAGCCUCUAUGGUAGUGGCGUUACUUUUGUGGUGGCCCAUUUGGCUGCUCACGAUGAACAUCUCAAGGAACGAGUUAUCGACUAUAAUCAAAUAUUGGACAAUCAUCAUUAUAAAGUUAGAAAUUAUCGCACCAUUUUCGAUCAUGAUUUUGUCUUUUGGUUUGGAGACUUAAAUUUCCGUUUAAAUGGUCAUGACACGGCCGAAGAAGUUAAAGCUGAAGUUGAAUUGGGUCAUUUGGAUGAUCUCUUUACGCGUGACCAAUUGCAAAUGGUACGCGAAGCAGGCAAUGCAUUCUCAUUAAUGACUGAACAGAAACCAACAUUCCGUCCCACCUUUAAAUACACCGAAGGCACAUCAGAGUAUGAUUUAAAGCGUCGCCCUGCAUGGUGCGAUCGUAUAUUGUACCGUGUUGAGGAAAAUAAAUAUCCUGAUAUUAAAUUGGAACUGGAGCAAUUGUCAUAUAAAUCCCAUCCUCAAUAUACACUGUCAGAUCAUAAACCAGUAACGGCUGAAUUUUUACUUUCAAUCAAGGCAGAACAUCACACCAGUGAAGACAUACACGAGAUGACCCAUGGCGGCAGCGGCAGUUCGGAGACACCAUUGUCAAGUGUAAUUAUAAUUUUCAUUGCUUUCUAUACAAUUCUAUUUUAAAAUCACACUUUUAUUUUUGUUUUUGUUUGGUUUAUGGCUUUUGUUUUGUUGAUCUAUCUUUCGCAUUACUCCAUCUCUGUAUGUAGUGGGAUUUAUAGUAGAAUUUAUGUUUCGUCUUAGGAAGUACUAAAUGUUUUCAUAACAUUUAUUCAUUAAAAUACUAAGACUUUGCGAAUUUAUUUUCCUGCAUAGAGUAAUUUGUUUAAAAUCAUAGCGUAGUACCUGCAGUAGAUGUGCCGUAAACUAACCUAUAUAUUUUUUAUUAAUUUCUAUUAUCUUUACAUAAAAUGAAACAUAUCCUUAAAAACUUACAUAUGCUUAAAUUAUAUUUCGAAAGACCUGUAGGUCUCUCAAAGAUCCAUACAGGCCCUAACAGGUUCUUCAAUUCAAAUUAUUUAUAAAAAAACUUCCUCAUAAUAAUAGAAUCUCCUAAAAGCACUGUUAUAUGUAACCAACCAAAAAUAUUCGCGUGAAUUGGGCCUCUAUCUUUAAAAGAUGUGCAACAAAGUCGUGUGAUUAACCCACAAAAAUAGUGUUUGUAUAAGACCUGUAAAGGGUUUCCCUUUGCAAAAUACAUGAAAAGGCUAGCUUUUAUCUAUGGAAGGCCCACAAAUUAAGGAAGGAAUAACAUAGUCUUUUUAUGUGUAGAAUGCCUACAUGUAAAAAAUAUUAAUACUCUUCACCUUAGAGUUAAGAAAACAUUAGAACCCAUUAUGACUCACAAAUACCAAUUUUUAGACAUAUUCGUGGGAAAAUGUGUUAGACAUAUUCGUGGGAAUCUCCUAAAAGCACUGUUAUAUGUAACCAACCAAAAAUAUUCGCGUGAAUUGGGCCUCUAUCUUUAAAAGAUGUGCAACAAAGUCGUGUGAUUAACCCACAAAAAUAGUGUUUGUAUAAGACCUGUAAAGGGUUUCCCUUUGCAAAAUACAUGAAAAGGCUAGCUUUUAUCUAUGGAAGGCCCACAAAUUAAGGAAGGAAUAACAUAGUCUUUUUAUAUGUAGAAUGCCUACAAGUAAAAAAUAUUAAUACUCUUCUCCUUAGAGUUAAGAAAACAUUAGAACCCAUUAUGACUCACAAAUACCAAUUUUUAGACAUAUUCGUGGGAAAAUGUGGGAAAAAUCAUCAAAAUAUCGAAUAUUGGGAGGUACCGCUAUAUGGGGCUAGACAAAAACGUGAACCUAUUCAUACAAUGUUUCGCCAACGGAGCUAGAACCAAUUAAAACACACAAAUAGUAAUUUUUAGACAAAUCCGCGAAGAAAUGUGGCAAAAAUUAUCAAAAUACCGAAUACCUGGAAGUAACGUUUUUUAGACAAAUCCGCGAAGAAAUGUGGCAAAAAUUAUCAAAAUACCGAAUACCUGGAAGUAACGUUAUAUGGGAGCUGUACCAAAACGUGGACCUAAACAUACAAUGUUUCGCCACCGCAGCCAGAACCUAUUUUGACCAACAAAUACCAAUUUUUAGACAAAUCCGUGAAAAAAUGUGGCAAAAAUCAUUAAAAUACCGAUAUUCGGGAGGUACCGUUAUAUGGGGGCUAUACAUACAAUAUUUCGCCACACGAACUAGGACCCAUUAUGACCUACAAAUGCCAAUUUUCAGACAAUUCCUUGAAAAAAAAUGUGGCAAAAAUCAUCAAAAUACCGCAUAUCGGGAGGUACCGUUAUAUGGCGACUAUACCAAAACGUGGACCGAUAUAUCACAUUUUCAAUACCAACCGUCCUAGACACAAUACAAAUUGUUCUGCUAAAUUUGGACUGUAUCUUGAUUUCAACAGGCAGACGGAUAUCGUUAGAAUUUUAUGCUGAUUAUGAAUAUAUAUACUUUAUGGGGUCUACGACGAAUAUUUAGGGAUGUUACAAAGGUGGAGGGUAUAAAAAAGUUAUUUUUUUCCUUAAACAUGCAUUAUAUCUGAAAUGUAAUAAAUAAUUGACUCAAACUCUAUUUUUUUAAAAAAUUACAUCUAUAUAAUCUUAAAAAGUCUGUAAAUAGGCUAUAUUAAUGCUCAUAAGAAUCUCAACGAAACAAAAGCCUUUUACAAAAAGAAAAAAAUAUUAAAAAAAAAACAAAUUAUCAUUUUCAAGUGGUUGAUAACUUGUUCUAUUUUUGUUUUCAGUGGAUUGAAUAAAUAAUGUUGGUCACACAGUCCGGACUAAGAAUCUCCAGUAAAAUCGAUCUUUUGUCACAUUCGAAUACUUAAAAAGUCAACAUCUCUAAGAGAAAACUUUACUACGUAAUAAUGCAUGUUUUAAGGAAUGAAACCUAGUACUCUCUAUUAAUAUAUAUACCUUUUAUUUAACUUUCUGCUUUUUUUAUUGCUAUAAUUUAUAUACCUAUUUUCUUUUAUAUGUCCCUAACCAAACUAAUCUAUGGAUAUUCAUAUGUGCUCAAGUCGUAUUGUUGUGCUUUUGAAUAUUUGUUCACAUUUUCAAGAUGUUUGCAUUAACAUUUCAACGAAUAAGAAAUCAAAUAACUCAAGUCAAUCAUGUAAUUUGAAAUUACCAAAAAAAGAAA